GAUAAAGGCUAGUGAUAUAGUAAUAUUGUAAUAUUUUGAAAACUACAUUUGUGAUGUGUAGUGUGGGCAAUUAAAUUAAUGCCAAUAUGUACAGUGUUUGAAAUUUUUUUGGUGAGCAGAAGUGAUGUGCGGUCAUGUACACUGCAUAUACAAAAAAUUUAAUAUAAUAUUAUGCAAGUAAUGCAUAAUUUUAUUAUUUGGUGUUAAGUUGCGCUACUAUUGAUAUUAAAAAUCACUUAAUGCUAAAAGCAAAGUGCAUAUUGAAAAAAAGUGAUAUUGUGUGACAAGAAGAAAUGACAAUUUUCUGAAUGUGUUCACUAUAAAUAUAUAUAAAUCAUUUCUUUUACUCUAAACACACACAGCUUACUGUUGAUAUGACCUCUUAAGUGACCGUGCGGUGUGCCACGUAUAAUUCUACAGUGUAGUAAAACACACUGCCAGAUGCAGGACAGUGCGUGUGUGUUUGUGUGUACAUUGGAUAUCGAGUUUCCACUUUGCGAGGAUUGAAUGAAAUACAACAUCCUUGCUGGCUUUGAAUAUACCACUCAGAAGAGUAAAAACAGAGGUCCUAUGUCAUCCUUUGGCCCACAAAACUCUGUGCCAGGGGUGCGUGAAUCUAAGUCUUGGUGAAGUACGAAACCUUUAAUUGAUGCAGUUAUGAUCUGAAAUUCCAGCUGCUUUUUCCAAUCCUAACAAUUCUUAUCCCAAUCUACAAUCUUUAAUAUCAUUUUAUAUAUAUAGAUAUAUCUGAUAAAAUUGAACAAUUUUAAUUAUGUUCCUAGACAAACCAUCCCUGUUUAUUCCCAUUAUGAACGCAAUUCAUGCAUGCAUUUGUACCUGCACCAUAACUUCCUGAUGUCCAAUCUGAAAAAAAUACAAACCUGAUCAAAUAAGGCCAGGAGGUCAUCUUGUGACAACAUCUGUGUCUGCAACAAAUAGUCUAUCUAUUUUCAUGGAAGAAAAAUAACGUCCACUCUUGGUCUCGGUGGAAGCACAGAGAAUCUCACAAAUGGCACGAUGCAACGACUCCAAACUCAAAGGCAAAACAGUAUGUAGUAGAUUUUCACCACUAUGCUUUAUUUCACCAAGAAUAUACAAUUGUGAAGUAUCAAAAAAAAAGAAAGCUGUACAGAGUAGUCUGUACUAUUAUUCUAAAUGUGACCUAUCUUCAUUGAGAGAAUCUGAAAGCAAAUACAGGCAACAACAUGCAGAAGCAUCUCAUAGAGAGAAGAUUUUAGUUAGGAGACUUGCUUCUAAAGAACAAGAAUUACAAGAAUAUAUUAAUCAAAUUGCCGAAAUGAAAGCUGCUCAUGCUCCGUCCGCUGUGGCAUUAAGAUCUGCUCUACUAGAUCCUGCUGUUAAUAUUUUAAUUCAGAAAUUAAGACAAGAACUUGUUACAACUAAAGCUAAAUUAGAGGACACUCAGAAUGAACUUAGUGCCUGGAAAUUUACACCCGAUAGCAAUACAGGUAAAAGAUUAAUGGCAAAAUGUAGAUUGUUAUAUCAAGAAAAUGAAGAAUUAGGUCGUAUGAUUGCUAGUGGACGAAUUGCUAAAUUAGAAGGAGAUCUUGCACUUCAAAGAAGUUUUAGUGAAGAAAUGAAAAAAUCACAAUCAGAAUUGGAUGAAUUUUUACAAGAUUUAGACGAAGAUGUUGAAGGAAUGCAGAGCACAAUUUAUUUCUUACAACAAGAAUUACGUAAAGCUCGUGAAUCAGUAACAUUAUUACAACAAGAAAAUGCAGCAUUGAAAGCAAAUUCAAGUGAAAAUAAUUUAACAAAUGGUUUGUCUCCUCAUACACCACCAAUUAAAAAAGAGGAAUCAGAGGAAAAUUCAAUUCCAGAAACAAAGACUUUAAAAUCUAUAGAAGAUAGUGAUGUGUGCAAAGGUGCUAGGACUCCACCGUUGUCAUCGCAACGAUCGCCGUGUGAGUUUUCAAAUACUGAAAGAACAGAACGGAUUGAACGAAAACCUAAUCAAGCGGAUCAUAAUGAUGAAAGCUCAAGUGAUUCAGCUGCUUUGAUAAUCAAAGUUGAAAAUGAGGAAUUAAGUGAUAGGGAAGAAGAACACGAAGAAAAUCGAAAUAAUAAAAGGAUAUUACGAAGCAAAAGUCAUAAUAGAAAUAACAAUAAAACUAAUGGGGAAGAGAUGCUAACUAGAAUAACUAGGGGUAGGGAUAGGACCAAAAGGGACAAAAGUGCACCAGGUAGUGACGAUGAAAGGACACAUAAAAAAAAGAGAAGAGAGAGUAUUCUUUCUCUUGAUUAUAAUGAAGCUGAUGAUGAUGCGUUAGUUUUAACUAAUGGUGAGACGCUUCAAAGCGAUCCAGAAUGAACAAUUUUCUAGAACAAUUUUAUACACAAACACUUGUUAUAUACAAAUAAGGCUUAACGUGACUUAAUAUACAACAUAAGUUGAAUAUAAUAUUUCAUAUUUAAAAGUUAUAAUACAUUCACAUCACGAUAAAUAUUUCUAAUAAUUUUUCGUAAUAUAAAUUUGUAAAUAUAUUUCAUAUUUGAAUAUUUUGAAGUCACGUUAAUGCCGAAAAAAUUGCACUUGAUUACAUAUGAUAAUAUGUUCACAAAAUAAUGUGGCGUUGGAAUAAAGGGGUAGAUAGUUAAAACUAUAUUUCUUUUUUCUUGCAAUGAAAUCGCAUUAAAUUCUUCAAUAAGUAUUCGUUAUAAAAAAAUGCUUCAAUGUUUUUAAUGGCUUUUUUGUAAAUUCAUUAAAACAUUGAUAGUAAUCUUGUUAGAUUUUUUAAAACAAUUAUAAGGAAUAUAAAUAACAAUAAAGUAAUAAUUAGGGCUAUGCCUUUUCUUUAUUAUGUAAAUACACAAAUGUUAAUAUCUGGUACACGACGACGCACAUACAUAGAUUUAUAUAUGAUUAUGUGCGCAAUAAUUUGUAUGUAUGUACUAUUUUUUUUCAUUGUGAGACAUGCGUGUCAAAAUUCGUUAUUACAUAAAAUGUGCUUUUAAUUAUGUAUAAUAAAAUUGAGGUCUAUUUGUUAGAUUUAUUAAAUACCUGUAAAUUAUAUGAAAUAUAAAACAACAUUAAUUUCAGUAAAA